CUAACGGUAAUAAAAGCAUAUGCACCAACAGACGAUACGAUGGACGAGGGAAAGGAUGAACUUAACAAUCAACUGCUAGACUCUGUUGCAAGCUGCAGUAGUCAUGAUAUGAUUUUGAUGAUGGGAGACCUGAACGCUUACGGGAGUAACAACAUUGACAGAGAGGAGGUACUGAGGAAAUUUAGUGUCGGAGUCAUGAAUGGUAUUGGGAAAGGUUAUGUGACCUCUGUGGUACGAAUGGCUUAGUUGUAAGUGGAACAGUUUCCUACAGAAAGAGAUCCAUAAGCUGACCUGGAAGUCACCAGGUGGGAAGACUGUUAACCAGCUCGACCAUGUCUUUGUGAAUGGACGCAUGAGAACAUCGAUUCUGGACACGAAAGUGAUGGAAGGAGCAGACGUAUAUGGUGACUACUACCUGGUGAGAACCAGAAUGAGACUAAAGUUGGCAAAGGCGCAUGGGAAGAAGAAAACAAGUGUGAGAUUUGACGUGUGUUAGUUGCAAAAUGAAGUGAUCAGGAGGAGAUAUAACAUUAAAGUGAAGAACAGGUUUGCAACGAUAUGAGAUAUAGAAGAUUCAAAGGAAGCACAACAAGAUCUUGGUGACGUACAGAGAUGCCACAGAGAAAGUUAUUGGAAGGUAAAAAAGGAGAGCAAGCCAUGGAUAGGAGACACGACGUGGGAAAAAAUUCAGGAGGGGUAAGACGCAAAACUUAAUAUAGAGGGUGCGAGAUUGGAACGACUUGAACAGCGAUAGAGAGAGGAGUACAGUGCGAAAGAAAAGGAAGUGAAAGAGAGUGCUAGGGAGGAUAAGAGGAAUUGGUUGGAGGAAAGGGCUACAGCAGCAGACAAAGCUGCUGAGAAUUGUAGAAACGAGGAGCUAAACAGCAUAACCAAGACAAUAGCCGGGAACAGAGGAGGCGAGAAUUGCGUGCGAAAGACAAACUGGGGGUAAAUAAGACACAAUCACAAGAAAGAUUGCAGAGCUGGGUACAGAACUUGGGUAAAAUUUUAAACAGAGAUGACCCCACAAAUCCAGUGGAAGAGAAAGAAGAAACAGAAGAACUGGAGUAGAUUGAGGAAAUCGAUGUAGGAAGAUGGCGAAUACAAGAGGUUAAGGAUGCGUUCAGGAAAGCAAAGCCAGGGCCCAGACCUACUAAGGGCUGACAUGGAAUACACCGCAAGUAGGCAGACUGAUAAUAUAACAGGCUUUAGAAAAGUAAAAGGUGGCCAGAAGUGUGUAAGCUCGUGGAACACCACGGGGAGCUAUGGAAUUCCGCGCAAGAUGGUGAGAGUGGUAGUGGGGAUAUACGGAGGGUUUGAAUGCGCCGUAAUCGACGGAUGGGAGAUAUCA